UUCAAGUAUAUAGUAAUGUCAAUUUUAAAAAAAUGUUUCGGACACAAGUAAUUUUCGAAAUUAUCACACAUUUAUUAAAACGACGAAUUUGUAUUCAAUUGACAACAUUGACAUGAAGAAUGAAAUGUGAAUUUCAAAAAAAAAUUGAAUACAAAAUAAGGUUAUUAAUCUUGUUUUAAAUUAUUGACGAUAUUAAACGAAAAAAAAAAAUGGAAAUAAGAAAACAUGAUGCAAUUUCAUGUAAAGGAGGUUUUAGUGCUCGUGUAAGACGUGGAGAGAAUAAAAUUUUAGAAAUGGAACGUCACCUCAAUAGCUUGAGAGAAAAAUUAAACACACUUGAAACUAUGCUUCCACAUUCAACAAAUAAUUUUCAUAAUCAUGCAAAUGAACCAAAAACUAAUGAACAAGAAGGUUGUUCCAAAAUAAUAAACGAAGAAAAAUUCGAUAAUGUUUGUGUUCUCCAAACAUUGGCAGUAAAAGAACAGAAGCUACGAGAUGAGAUCUUCAUUAUGGAAUGCAAGGAGAAAGAAUAUUUGCAAAGUUUAUCGCAAGCAAAUGUUCAAAAUAAUGAUGAAGAAAUGCAUAAGAUAGAUAAAGAAAAUAAUGAUUUCACUCAAGUCGAUAAUUCUCCGCGGAAUCGAAAAGGAGAAAGCGUUGAAAUAGAGAAAAUUUCUCGUUUAGAAGAGUACAGUAAAAAACUAUGCAAUUGUUUACGAAGUAUACAAAAUAAUCGUAAAAUUUGGUCUCAAGAAGCUGGCGAUUUAUCAAAAGAACUUAAUUGCUUGGAAAAUUCUGGAUUGAAAGAAGAAUAUAAAAAUAAUGAAAAUAAAUGUCCUUGUGGAGAAUUAGCGAAAUGUGACAGUUGUAUUAAUUGUAACUGCGCUGAUUGGGAGCAAGAUUUAAAAAUAGAUAUACAAGAAAAACGAGAAGAAUGCAACGAAUUAAAACAGAAAGAAGUGGUUCUUACGGAGAAAAAACAUAAUUGCAGAUGUUUUCAAUCAUCUUCUAAUUCUGAUUCUAGUUUACAAUCCUUAGAAAUCAAUAAUAUAUACAAAUGCAGUUUAUCAAAAAUGCAUUCCGAAAUGUCAAUAGAAACUCCAUCGAUACCAUCAACUGUCGAUGAUGUAAUUACAGGAAAUGAAGAAGAUAAAAAAAAUUAUUGUUGCAUCUGUAAACCGGAAGAUGAUUGUCAAAAAUUUUGCGAAAUUUGUUUAUGUGAUUGGGAACGAGAAUAUAACACAAAUCAACAACUUUAUUCAGUUGACGAUGAAAAUUGUCAUAUUUGCAAUGAGGAAAGAUUUAGAGGCGGAACAGAUUUUGGAAUUUCGUUAAACAAUAAAUAUUAUGAAAAUUGUCAGGAGAAUUUGACAAAUAUUAUUAAAUUGUCAAUAAAUGAAGAGAAAAAUAAGAUUAGAGAAAAAAUUUUCAAUGACUUGGAAAAAAAACGUUUUUUAAUUUAUCCUUCACGGGUUUCCAAGUCUCUCAAAAUUGAAGAAAUAAAGAAACAGAAUAUUAUCACAGCCUUGAUGAAAGAAAUGCCAAUUUCAAUUCGAACUGAAAUUUGGGAACAAUCUCAAAAGAAACGACACUCCAGAUAUAAAAUUCUAACGAAAGAUUUAGCAUUUGGAUUAUUUAUCUUGCUUCUUACUUGUUUGUCCUGUUUUCUCGGAUUUAGUGGAAUUUCUUCUUUUCUUCUUCUUUUGAAAGUAUUCUUUCAAAUUUUCAUUUUUCCCCUUCAAUUGUGUUCUCAUGUCUAUCAAAAUAUUCCACUUCAUUACAACACUAUUCAAAAUUUACAAAUUUUCUCAAUUUUUCACUGUAAUUUUCAAUUGUUAUAUGAAAAAUAUCAAAAUUUUAUUUUCAAUCAUUACAAAAUGAUUAUUAAUAUUUUACAAAUUUUUAUAAACGAAAGAAAAAAUUUGGAAAAUUUAAUUUUAUUAUCAAUUUUUUCGUGCUUUGGAUUAAUUGCCAUAUUUUUCAUAUCAUGGAAAAAUAAAAUUUUAGGGCAUAAUAAUGAAAAAUCUUUUAAUUUGACAAAAAUUUUUAUAUUAUUUGCAAAAAGAAUAAUGAUUCUUGUUUUACGUCCUAUAAUAAUUUUACUAAUUCUUAUCAAGUUUGUGCUUAUAUUUUUUAUAACUGUUUCUAUCAAUCUUAUCAGUUCCUGUGUACCACAAAUGAUUAGAAACGUCACACAUCGGCUGAUGAACUCAUCUAUUAAUCUAUUGUUGUCUUUAUUUAAAAGAAUAUCUACUGUGUCAUGCAUUCUUUAUGUCAUUUGCAUAAUUUUUGGAUUAUUAUUAAACAAAUUAGUAAAUUUAAAUUAUAUUAAUAUUCAUUUAGAAAAUUUGAGACAAUUUUUAAAAAAAAUUCUCUACGAUUCUCAAGAAAUAGAAAAAACUAAAAAUAUUCCCCAAAAUUGUAUUUAUCAAUUAAUGAAACCAUCGAAUUUUAUUUAUAUUUUUAAUGCGAUUAUUGAGAAUAUUAUUGAAUUGGCAAAAAUCAUUUUUCACACUUUCGAGAUUAGGUAA